GGUGAUUAAGACAAUUGUAUUAAUGGGUGCUAUUCAAUAUAGAAACAUAUCUUCCGCCCUGUUGUUAUAUUUAUUAUCCGGGUAGGUAAGCAGCAGUACACAUGCAAGCGUUUCUCUCAUUUACAAGAGACAAUUUGUGAUUGUACAAGUGUUGGUACAUUAACGGCAAACGAAGAUGGUUCUGCUGCUGGCCACCCUCUUGUUGUUAGCGAUGGCUGCGCAUUCAUUUUCGAAUGUGGUGUCAUAUGAUGGCGUCAUUCAGAUUGGUGCAUACAACAUGAGCCUCCCGACCGACAAAUUGUUUCAACUGUUCAAAGAUAAAACUGGCAGUUCUUCCCCAGACCUCAUCGAGUACACAUCGCUGAAUAAGCAUUUUAAGUAUAAACGUUUUGCUGAAGAGGAGAAAAGACGUCAUAUUUUCGCUGACAACGUCAGGUACAUCAACAAACACAACGCCAAAUAUGCAAGCGGAGAGUCGACGUUCUAUCUUGGGAUCAACCAGUUUACAGACAUGAGCUAUCAAGAAUUUGCUGAAAACUAUGCCAAUCUUCAAAACCAAGAUACUUGGAAAGGAAAUGCGUCCAUUUUUCUUCCGCCAGAAAAUUAUAGAGCGCCAUCUUCCGUUGAUUGGAGACAAAAGGGAUAUGUGACGCAAGUCAAGGACCAAGGACCUUGCGGUUCGGGCUGGGCAUUCAGUGCUACUGGUGCCAUCGAAGGUCAGUUUGCCUGGCAGACUGGGACACUUGUCUCACUGAGUGAACAACAACUCAUUGACUGCUCUUCUAGAUCGUAUGGAAACUAUGGAUGUAGAGGAGGAUCCCCUGGUGGAACUUUUCAGUAUGUCCGCGAUCAAGAGGGCAUAGAAAGCGAGCCGGACUAUCCAUACAGGACAAUGCCCUUCCCCUGUUCAUUUACCAAGAGCAAGGUAAGGGCAACUGUUCGUGAAUACUUUAUCGUCAAGCCUGACGAAAACAGCCUGGAGACCGCCACUGCCUCAGAGGGCCCUAUCUCAGCGUCCAUCAAAGUAAAUAGGAAGUUCCAGUUAUAUAAGGGAGGUGUCUUCAGCGACUGUUCAGGCGAAACGAGCUGGAACCACGCCGUGCUAGUUGUGGGCUAUACAUCGAUUCCCAACGUCUGGCUCGUGAAGAACUCCUAUGGCUCAGACUGGGGUGAAGAGGGCUACAUAACGAUGUGGAAAGGUUGGAACGUGUGCGACAUUGCAUCUAAGGCCGUCUUUCCACGUGUGUGAACGGAACAUUUCAUUUUCUUUAUGAAUAACGCUAAAAGCGAUAUCUGAGCAAAUCAAGGCAAACGGUAUAACCGCACUGCACUGAGUUGGUAUAAAUUUUGUUUAACAAAGAAACCGUCUUUUUAAUAAGAAUAUGAAUUUUAUUGACUUUGUCCUCAUUAACAAACACUGUAACCAACAAUUUAUUCAAGAAAACAUAUUAUACUA